AUGGCAAAUAAGAGCACACAGUGCAUUGUACCAGGUGUUGUACCAGGUGUUGUACCAGGUGUUGUACCAGGUAUUAUUCCAUGUGUUGUACCAGGUGUUGUACCAGGUGUUGUACCAGGUGUUGUACCAGGUGUUGUACCAGGUAUUGUACCAGGUGUUGUACCAGGUAUUGUACCAGGUGUUGUACCAGGUAUUGUGUCAGGUGUUGUACCAGGUGUUGUUCCAGGUGUUGUACAAGGUGUUGUACCAGGUAUUGUACCAGGUAUUGUACCAGGUAUUGUGUCAGGUGUUGUACCAGGUGUUGUUCCAGGUGUUGUACCAGGUGUUGUACCAGGUGUUGUACCAGGUGUUGUUCCAGGUGUUGUACAAGGUGUUGUACCAGGUAUUGUACCAGGUAUUGUACCAGGUAUUGUGUCAGGUGUUGUACCAGGUGUUGUACCAGGUGUUGUACCAGGUGUUGUACCAGGUGUUGUGUCAGGUGUUGUACCAGGUGUUGUACCAGGUGUUGUACCAGGUAUUGCACCAGGUGUUGUACCAGGUGUUGUACCAGGUGUUGUACCAUGUAUUGUACCAGGUAUUGUACCAGGUAUUGUACCAGGUGUUGCACCAGGUGUUGUACCAGGUAUUGUACCAGGUGUUGUACCAGGUAUUGUACAAGGUAUUGUACCAGGUAUUGUACCAGGUGUUGUACCAGGUAUUGUACCAGGUAUUGUGUCAGGUGUUGUACCAGGUAUUGUACCAGGUGUUGUACCAGGUAUUGUACCAGGUGUUGUACCAGGUAUUGUACCAGGUAUUGUGUCAGGUGUUGUACCAGGUAUUGUACCAGGUGUUGUACCAGGUAUUGUACCAGGUAUUGUGUCAGGUAUUGUGUCAGGUGUUGUACCAGGUGUUGUGUCAGGUAUUGUGUUAGGUGUUGUACCAGGUGUUGAACCAGGUGUUGUACCAGGUGUUGUACCAGGUGUUGUACCAGGUAUUGUACCAGGUAUUGUACCAGGUAUUGUACCAGGUGUUGUACCAGGUAUUGUACCAGGUAUUGUGUCAGGUGUUGUACCAGGUAUUGUACCAGGUGUUGUACAAGGAGUUGUACCAGGUAUUGUACCAGGUGUUGUACCAGGUGUUGUACCAGGUAUUGUGUCAGGUGUUGUACCAGGUAUUGUACCAGGUGUUGUACCAGGUGUUGUACCAGGUGUUGUACCAGGUGUUGUACCAGGUGUUGUACCAUGUAUUGUACCAGGUGUUGUACCAGGUAUUGUACCAGGUGUUGUACCAGGUGUUGUACCAGGUAUUGUACCAGGUGUUGUACCAGGUGUUGUACCAGGCAUUGUACCAGGUGUUGUACCAUGUAUUGUACCAGGUGUUGUACCAGGUGUUGUACCAUGUAUUGUACCAGGUGUUGUACCAGGUGUUUUACCAGGUGUUUUACCAGGUGUUGUACCAGGUGUUGUACCAGGUAUUGUACAAGGUGUUGUACCAGGUAUUGUACAAGGUGUUGUACCAGGUGUUGUACCAGGUAUUGUACCAGGUGUUGUACCAGGUGUUGUACCAUGUAUUGUACAAGGUGUUGUACCAGGUAUUGUACCAGGUAUUGUACCAGGUGUUGUACCAGGCAUUGUACCAUGUAUUGUACCAGGUAGUGUACCAGGUGUUGUACCAGGUAUUGUACCAGGUGUUGUACAAGGAGUUGUACCAGGUAUUGUACCAGGUAUUGUACCAGGCAUUGUACCAGAUAUUGUACCAGGUAUUGUACCAGGUAUUGUACAAGGAGUUGUACCAGGUGUUGUACCAGGUGUUGUACCAGGUAUUGUACCAGAUAUUGUACCAGGUAUUAUACUACUUCUUGCAUUGACCGGUCCAUGCAGUGAGAAUGUAAGAAUUGUACCUACUGACUCCCAGCUCAAUUCAGUUUAG